UAUUUAGCUCAAUAUAAUAAUUUUAUUUUAAUAUGAUUGAUUAUGAUUAUAUAAUAAAUAAAAUAUCAUAGAUUUUUUUUAUUUUUCAUUUUAUAUAACUGAAUAUAUUAAUGUAUAAUAAUAUUUUAAACUAAUUUCGAAAUUAGUGAAAAUAUUUAAAUAUAAUUUCGAAAAUUAAGAUCAUGUAAAAAUCUUAUCAAACAUAUUUGUUAGAAUUUUAAAAUAAAUAUAUUUAUAUUUAAAAUGAAAAGAUAUCAAAAGAUAUUAUGAUUAAAAUAUUUUAAAAAUUCUAUUUAUUAUUAGUCUGAAUUAAAAUAUAGUAUGAAUUUGUAUGAAUAGGUCCAUUAGGUCCAUUUUAAAAAAAAUCACACAUGAUUCAAGGUUGUGACUUCUGUUUUAAUAUAUAAGAUAUAUAUAUCUUGUUAUAUAAAUAUAUAACUUUCAUUCCCACAUGAUCAUGUCUUCUCACCAUAAGCUUUAUAGUCCACAAUUUGUUUUGCACAUACAAUUGAUUAUGCCAACUUGGGACCAUCAUUGAUCAGAUAGAGUAGAAACACAUGCAUGUAUUGUGUCUGGUUAGGUUUCUCAGGAGCUUGUCAUAAAGCCUGUCAAAGCUAAUAGUUUCUCCUUCUAUAAAAUGAAACAACGCAAUGGUAUUUUCCAUCAUUCAUUUCUGUCACAGAAUCACAGAGAGCUCUACACCAGAACUUACAAAUCUGUUCUCUUUCUUUCUCCUUCUUACUUUUUGGAUUAAAUAGAUUUUAGAAAAUGAUAAUGAACACAAAGAAGCUAAUGAAGAUGGUCAAGAAAUGGCAACAAAGAGCAGCCCUCCAUAGGAAAAGGAUCUCAUUUCAGAGGUCGAGUUCUAGUGGUAGCAGCUCAACGUCAGUAGAUAAGGGUUGCUUUGUGGUUUAUACGGCGGACAAAGCCCGCUUUACUUUUCCAAUAAGUUACCUCAGCAACUCUGUUUUCCAAGAACUCUUGAAAAUCUCUGAAGAAGAGUUCGGCCUCCCCACCGAAGGACCAAUAACAUUGCCAUUCGAUUCUGUUUUCUUGGAGUAUCUUAUCAAAUUGGUCCAGCGACGAAUGGAUGAAGAUACAGAAAAGGCUUUGUUAAUGUCAAUCUCUAGUGGUAGAUGUUCUUCGCAAUGCUCUUUGCAACUACAAGAUCAAAGUAGUUGUCAACAUUUGCUUGUAUUUUAGAGUGUAGCAGUUUCUGUAUUAGAUAGACACAGAAAUACAAAUUAUUAUCUUCAUCUCUUCUCAUCAAAGUCAACUUCUAUU